GGAGGGGCUGGGCAGCUGCUGGAGUCGCCGCGGCUGCCUCGUGACGUGGCACAGCCAGAGACUUAACACCGGAGCCGGAGCUGCCCCGCCAGUUGUCGACCGGGUCGUCACUCCGUUACUUCGUGUCUCGGAGCCGCGACCAAAGAGUCCAUUUGCGAACCGUGCCUGCCGCGCCCAUUCUGCCCCGGCUUGUCUCCAGCGUCGUCUCGCUCAGUUUGCACGAAGCGUGGAACGAGAAGGCCCGGGGACGCCCCACAAGCCUCCUUACUGCUCCUGCCUAUCGCCUGUGCCACCACCGCCAUGGGCCUCACCAUCUCUUCCCUGUUCUCGCGCCUCUUCGGCAAGAAGCAGAUGCGCAUUUUGAUGGUUGGACUGGAUGCUGCUGGCAAGACAACCAUUCUGUAUAAAUUGAAGUUAGGGGAGAUAGUCACCACCAUUCCUACCAUUGGUUUCAAUGUGGAGACAGUAGAAUAUAAGAACAUUUGUUUCACAGUGUGGGAUGUUGGUGGUCAAGAUAAAAUUAGACCUCUUUGGAGGCAUUACUUUCAAAACACCCAGGGUCUUAUUUUUGUGGUAGAUAGCAAUGAUCGUGAAAGAAUUCAGGAAGGAGCAGAUGUGCUGCAGAAAAUGCUUGAGGAAGAUGAAUUGCAAGAAGCAGUAUUGUUGCUUUUUGCAAACAAACAGGAUUUGCCAAAUGCUAUGGCCAUCAGUGAAAUGACAGAUAAACUAGGUCUUCAGUCUCUUCGUAACAGAACAUGGUAUGUUCAAGCCACAUGUGCUACACAAGGAACUGGUCUGUAUGAAGGACUUGACUGGCUGUCGAAUGAGCUUUCAAAACGUUAAAUGAAGGUGGAUAUCUAACCAAGGACAUAUUUGAUAGAAUUGGCCUAGGCUUGUUACAACAAAAUUAGUUUGCAUCUUGGUUAUUAAACAGUAUCUGGGACUGGUUUGGGCAGAAUCUUACAGCAUUUAAACUUAUUUUGUUGCCAAUUAUUAUUUACCAAGUAUAAUGUUGCUGUUCAGCAGUAUUCUUGGUUUUAAAGAAAUUCUCCUUAGCUUUGGAAAAAAUAUCCCCUCUUAACUUGCCUAUCCUUUGCCUAAAUGCCUGGGCAUCACUGUUGUGACAACUUCAAAUAAAUUUGUUUUCCAUGUUUUUGAGCCCACAACAAAUAAUGUUUUGAACUUAAGCCAUUGCUACAGUACUGAAACCUUUGUCAUUCCUGGGACAGUCUGCUGUUUUGAAAGUGUAGCAUUCCAUUUGUAUUUAUUUUUAUUCCUUGCCAAAAAGACUUUCUACUAUUGCUAGUACCAGUGAAGGAAAUGCUCCAAAAACACUAUUUAGAUUUCUUGCACUGAGAAACUCAUUUCCCCCUCCUCUUAUUGAUUCCUGGAUUUUAUCAGUCAAGCUUAACCUUGAUGUGGUUUGGAUUUGGUGGCUAAUGAGUUCUGUGCUGGUUGCAAAGAGUUAUAUUGAGGUGAUUUUUAAAACUCAGCAGAUUGUCUUUCUCUAUAUUGUAUCUUUUUUAUGUUGCAUGUUGCUUUUCGUAUCAGCCUGGCUCUUUGCCUAGUAUAUGAUAGUUCUGAUGUUUUAUUGUUUAUUGGUGAACAUACCUUCUUUAUGAGUUUUUGAAAAACUCAUCAAACUCAAUACAUUUUCUUCAUAACCUGUUUGGAAUUAUUCCUAAUAAAAUGAUAAAAUAAUAUAA